GGCCAAUGCCUUUUUAUUUUAAAAAAAUGCCAUUUUAUUGCGAUUUUUGAUUUGUAUAAAGUCUGUAAAGUGUUGAUUUUGUGGAAAAUGCAUACGUUAUGUAUUGUACUUAGUUGUGGGAGCCGUUCUAAUCGCGAGAAAGUCUAGUUUCAUGCCGUUCCUGCAGAGACAAAACACAGGUUUUCAACGGAGAAAAAUGAUUUGUCUGUACUUUGUGAAGGCUUCAUGGAUUGUAGCAAAAGAGAAAAAAUCUUACGAAAUUCAUAUUAAAAAGCCAAAAAGUAUCUCUUCAUAAAUGGUGUAUGGAUCCAAGCAAUUUACUAUCCUCCCCUCCACUCCACAUCAGCUUGUGUCGAUACCUUGAAUAGGUACCAGACAAAUAAAAUAAACAUCAGGAUUCAGGAUUUGGUUGAGAAAAAACUAAACAGGAAACAAAUACCUAUAGUAACAACCUAAUUGUUUAGUAGGUAAAGGUUUGUUACAAAGAAAUCAUAACUUUUCCAAACAUCCGGGUUUUUCACUAAUAAUUUUCUAUACUAAAAAAUCUUUCUUAAACUUAAAAUACGAAAAUUAUCCUUCGAAACACUAUAAAAUCAUCUAAAAACACCACAAAAUACACAAAAAACAGUUUUUUGAUGAAAAAUGUCACGGUUGUUUGAAUUAAAUUUAUGGCGCCAAUUUUUUGGCAUUGACCAUGCAUUGACCGCCAUUUUGUUUGGAUUGCCCUAUUCAAAAUUCGUCUAAAAAGAAAUCAAAUAACAGCUUUUUUACCCUAGAACGCUCCGUGGGUCCAUUAUAACUUACAAGCUAAUUGUUUAUUUUUCCCGUGGUUUAUUACGUUUACUGAACAUUUGCUCCACCAAAUAGGGCCCAACAAGGCGUACGAUCGCCAGUUCUUGCGUGAGCAGCUGGUUUGCGGAUGACGUCACAACUACCAGCCAGCAUAGUGAUGACAUCACCCGUAGACCUCGUUCCGGACAGAAACUUUUCGCUUAUCCCAAGAACUUACCUGACAUUGACAUCACAACCUCACAACCUAACUAAUUAUUUUGCACUUCCUUGUCUUCCUUGGCUAAUUUAUUAUUUUUUGACCUUUUAUGUCACAACACUACGAAAAACAUUAUUAAAUAGUGAAUUAAUUUUUUUUUUUAAUUAUAAAUAAUGUUGCCAAAUCUGCAAAGUAAUUUUACGUAACACAAAAUUAUGGUAGUUAAAGUGAAACUGUUACUUUUCGCCCAAGCCAAGGAUUUAGCAGGAAAAUCGACCGACGUUUUGCUCGUACCCCAAUCAAUUGCUUGUUGCGACUUAUUAAAAAUCGUAAUAAAACAAUUUGCGUUGGAAAAAAUCGAAAACAACAUAUUGCUGGCUGUUAACGAACAAAUUUGCCACAUAGAAGAUUUUCUCAGCUUGAAAGACGACGACGAAGUAGCUGUUAUACCACCAUUAAGUGGAGGCUAAACCAGAGACAUGUCUAACCAUUUAGCUUUUAAAACCGAGCCCUUAAAUAUCCAAGAAAUAUCGGAUCUAGUCGCAGCAGCCUCCUGCGGAGCCAUUUCGCUUUUUAUAGGAACAACAAGGGAUAAUUUUGAUGGGAAAUCAGUUGCUAAUCUUCAAUACGAAGCUUACGAAUCCAUGGGCCUCAAAGCGAUGGAGAAAAUCUGUUUAGAUAUCAGAAGACAAUGGAGUGGAGUUGAGAAUAUUGCUAUUUUUCAUAGAUUAGGCCAAGUUGCUGUUAAAGAAGCCAGUGUGGUAAUUGCCAUUUCCUCACCCCACAGAGAUGAUGCCUUGAAAGCUACAGAUUUUUGUAUAAACAGUUUGAAACAAUCCGUUCCAAUAUGGAAAAAAGAAAUUUAUUCAGAUGAGGAUUCAAUUUGGAAAGAGAACAAAGAAUCUCCCCUAGCUCAUUAUCCACCAAAACGUAAGAAAAUAAAUUUUGAUAUUUUCGAACAAGAAGUGUCCACAAACUACAUACCAUCCCAUCUGAUACAAAUUAAGGCUUCAAACGAUGAAUUGAAUGCCCGAAUACAAAAGUUUAUGGACAGAAAGAGAGAUGAAAUAAAUACAUCUAAUAAUACAGAAUUUUUUACAAAACAUAGAGACCAAGAGUCUGUUUGUGCCAGAAUUGAUGCUAUUGUGCGUAAAAGAAAGGGUGCAAAAAGUCAUUUGCAAGUUGAAAGGGCUUUAAAUAGUUAUCACAGAGACCAAAAAAAUUCAGAUUACAUGAAAAAAUACAUUCCGCCUAAUGGUAUAGUGGAGAGACUGCAAAUUUUAGAAUCCCAAUUGAGUUUAGAGAAAGCUAUACCAAAAAAUAUUUAUCAGCGAUUGAAAAAUCUGGAAGACCGUUUGAUGCUUUUGGAAAGCAUUUCUCCUGAAUAUAUACAGUUUUGGGAUAAAACUUCAAUGGCAAGCAAGUAUGUGAAGAAAAAAGUAUUUGAAACAGCGGACAUUGACAUACUUAUUGCUGAUGCAGAGAAAAAAUGUUUUAAGCAAUAAAUGUGAGAACGAUUUAUAGUCUAUUUUUGUAUAUUUUCAAAUAUUAGAAGAAAUUGGGAAAUAUAGAGUUUACUACAGUGUGUCCCUUUUAAGGACUGACCACCCUUCUAAAAAUUUUAUUUUUCAACCAACUUAAUUUCAUUUCUUCGGCUGUACGGGUGUACAGGGUAUACACAAACUCUCUUUUCCUGUACUUUCCAAUACACCUAUGGAAAGACUUGCAUGACUAUUGUAAUUGUAAUGAAGUAGAGUACAGUUUAUUUCAUGCUCAUAAUAAAAUUUCACAAUCGUCGUACCUAAUAAAAAUUGAUAAUUAUCUAUAAAAGUCGAAUUUCACAAUCGUCGUACCUAAUAAAAAUUGAUAAUUAUCUAUAAAAGUCGAAUUGACAUGCCUAUAAGAGAUCCCCUUUCACACUUAAGAUGUCUGUGGGGGUUCAGUACAUAUAAAAAUAAAAGCGAAACAAAAAAAAUAAAAAAUACUAAAGCAAAUAAUACAAAUAAAUAGAUAAAUACUAAAAGGAACCGACUGCAACAUCACAAACAUAAGGUGGAGUUUUAUUGACCAAGAUCUGCCUGCAAAAAUUCACUGAAGCUAUAAAAUACUCUCUCACACAGCCUAUUUCGCAUUUCUCACGAAAAGUUUCUCUGGUAGGGCUUUUAUAUCAGGUGGCAGUUUGUAGAAAAAGGCUGGUGCAUGGUAGAGAGCUUGGUAGAUAAUUGAUAUUUUAGAUCUG